AUGGAUUCUUUGGAUAUAGCAAAUGCAGAUCUGUUGAUCAGAGCUCAUACUUGCCUUAACAAUCCUAUAUAUUCAGUUCACCUCACGCCUUGGAAACUGUAUUUUGAUGGAUCAAAGACUGAUGUAGCCUCUGGGGCAGAGAUUGUUCUGGAAGAACCACUAGGGAUCAGACACUGUUACUCUUUCCAGCUAGAUUUCCAAUGCACCAAUAAUAGGGCUGAAUAUGAAGCUUUAAUCAUUGGCCUCGAAAUGCUAAUAGAAUUAGGAAUCCAGUCUGUAGAAAUCUUGGGAGAUUCCAUGCUUGUGUUAAAGCAGAUUGCUGGAGAAUACAAGUGUCUAAAUCCUUCUCUAGCGGUUUAUUUAGUGGCAGCCAGAAAUCUUCUGACCGAAUUCAGGGAAGCUACUUGGGAACAUAUCCCAAGAGAAGAAAGCUUUGCAGCCAAUGAAUUGGCUCAGGUAGCAACAUGUAUACAAAUGCUUGAGGACUCUGUGCAAAGGAUUAUCAAGGUAGGAAAGAAAAGUCUAGCAUCUGUUCUGACCAGGGGAAUGGAGAGAGAUGUCAAUUAUGCCAUAAUCACUGAAGAUGAUUGGAGAAUUCCCAUCAUAAAUUACUUGAAGUAUCCAACCCUGCGUUCUGAGAAAAGAAUCAGAAUCAUGGCUUUGAACUACCUUAUGUGGAAUGGAGAUUUAGUCCGAAAAAGCAAAGACGAGGUACUUCUAAGGUGCCUUAGAAAGAAAGAAUACAUGAAGGUCAUGGGAGAAAUCCAUGAAGGAAUCUGUAGAGCUCAUCAAGGUGGAAGAAAAAUGUGA